AGACUUAAAACGACUAAAGGAAGACAAGUAUGAAGGAUGUCAAGUGUCAAUGUCAAUGGUGACAUACAAUUGACACUAUUGACAAUUGACAAACUUUCUUUUUCUCGGUAAACAGCCGUGUAAAUUAGGUUUUCCAAGAUGUUGAUGCCAAAAAAGAAUAGAGUAGCCAUCUACGAGUACCUUUUUAAGGAGGGUGCUAUGGUAGCUAAAAAGGACUUUCAUGCCCCUAAACAUCCAGAAUUGGAGAACAUCCCCAAUUUGGAGGUGAUCAAAGCCCUACAGUCUUUGAAAUCCAAAGGAUAUGUACGGGAACAAUUUGCUUGGAGACACUAUUACUGGUACUUGACUAACCCUGGCAUUGAAUAUCUACGAAACUUCCUACAUUUACCCUCUGAAAUCGUUCCCUCAACUCUUAAGAGAUUAGUCAGGGUAGAAAGUGCCAGACCAAGGCCUGCAGGAUCUCUCAGAACUGAGGGUGGCCCAUUGGCAAAGGGCGCAGAAGACAGAGCUGGAUACAGGAGAACUCCAGGCGGUCCAGGAUCAGACAAAAAAGCUGAUGUUGGUCCAGGUACGGGAGAUGUGGAAUUCCGAGCUGGGUUCGGUAGAGGAAGACCAACAUAAGAUGGAAAUUUUAUGUUUUUUAAUUUUAAGGAUUUUAAAAAACGAAUAAACAAAUAAAUUAUUAUUUGAUA